AUGAGUUUCCAAGAUAUUGAAGCUGGCCUCACGCACCCUUCCCGAACCCCUUCUUCUUCGAUUCCACAGUCGAGAGAGGACUCUGCCUUCCUCGGACUCCAGAACUCAUUGUCGCUUCAAGUCUUCAAGAUCAAUGCCAAUGUCCAGGGUAUUCUCAAGCUCGUAGACCAGCUGGGGACGACAAAGGACUCUGCUGCCCUCCGAAAGACCUUGCAUGACCUUACUGAGACCACGCGUGAGAUGGCGAAGCGCGGGGGAGAGGACUUGAAGUCAUUGUCGACGAUGCAGACGUCUAUGCCACAUUAUAAGACAGCUUUGCAGAAGACAUCGCACGACUUCCAGUUGUCCUUGGUGGCCUUCCAGCGUGCACAGCAAGUCAGCGCCGAGCGCCAAAGAACUGUGGUGGAAGGAGUGAAACUCGCGGUUGAAGAGGACCAGGGUCGGCCAUCACUGGACGAACCCGGUUCUCCACCGCAACGCCAGGCGCAAUUACUUCAGACUCAACUCUCACCGCACGAACUGGCCUACCAGGAGUCGCUGAUACAGGAGCGCGAGGCGGAGAUUCGGGAAAUUGAGACUGGAAUCCAUGAGCUGGCAGAGAUAUUCCAUGAUCUUGGCACCCUUGUCCACCAACAGGGCGGAAUGCUCGAUAAUAUUGAGUCAAACAUAUCUUCGGUUGCAGUGGAUACGGCUGGAGCGGCAGAAGAGCUGACUACGGCUCAUGAGUAUCAGCGUAAAGCCGGCCGUCGUGCUGCGUGCCUUAUGUUGAUUCUUGUAGUCGUGGUGGCAAUUGUACUACUUGCUAUCCUGUCCUGA